AUGACUUGUGAUUGGUUACUGGGCAUUUAAAGCAAUGAUGGACAAACAAACAUUAAAACAUCCACACGGACCAAAUAUAACACAAGGUUGCUCACAGAGCUCAACUACGGAUCAUUUAAAGAGUAUUGAUUGCCACUAUCCAACACCAUGUGGAUCAUUCAGAGAAUGCAGGAGGGUGCAGAAAGCUUUCCCUUGCACAUUACUCACCUCAUUAGCAAGAACAAAGAGGACAUUUCUGCAAAGACCAGCAUCUUCAAUAAACUGCACAACAAUGUGCUCACACCUGAUAAAAUCCCUGACUUUUUCCUGCCUCCCAAGUUGACCAAGACCUGCCUUGUGGCAGACGCCAAAAACAUUUCACAGUGUCUGAGUGAAGAAAUAAAAGGUCUUGGCUGUGGAAAACUAUUAGCAUCCAGGCCCGGCCAGCGAGCAAGUUUGAACAUAUCUGCAGCAGCCUUGAAUAAACUUAAACCGAUCCCAUAUUCGCUUAAGUGCUACGAGUCUGGUUUGUUCGAGAGUCCGAACACACGUCGCAAAGAGUCUCUGUUUCAUUCAACGCUUACUAGUUAUACGCUGGAGAGAAUGACCAUCAUAGCACCAAAAGUUGCGUGCAGAUCACUGCUGAAGGCAGCCAGCACUGAGAGUGACACGCCUUCUGCUGACUCCACCCCUCAUUCAUCAUCACCGACAAUCAGAAGAGAGAAUUUCCAAAAUGAAUGUUUAAAGCCAGGAGUUCCAACCGAGCACAACAUCAGAGAUGACAGAGUUUUCCCCAAUCCAGACAAAAAGCCUCUCAUGCCAAGAGUUCCUCAACGCGCUAAGGUCAUUCAGGCCUCUCUGUCUACAAAGCUAGCCCCGCCCAUUCAGUUCCCACUUGACAUGCUACACUGCCAGGAACGCUUCCAUCAGGAGCAUGUCCUUCCCCUUCCACAGAGAGGUCGUGUACGCCUCUCCGCCUUCCGCUACAGCGCCAACGGGUGCUCUGCUACAGUCCGCAUCCGUGUGGUCUCGAUAGAAGGCUUGAGAGAGCACGGUGACCUUCGACCUCUGACCUGCAGCUUGACCCUGAGUCUCAAUCCCGGCAAACUGCAGCGGCAGAACAGCGCAAUCAUCAGAAACUGUCGUAACCCCGUGUUCAAUGAAGAUUUCUUCUUCACAGAGCCUGAGGACCAGGAGGGAGGCCUGAGAGGUUUAGCCCUCAGACUGAAGGUGCUGGAUAAGGCCUCGGGUCUGGGGAGAGGUGUGGUAUUGGGAAUUGUGAUAAAACCGCUCUGUCAACUGUUGCCGCUGUAAAAUGCUCAAACAUACACACACUGAAAAUACGCUCUGGCUUUUAGGGGGGGUUUUCAACAAAUCUCCUGUAAAUCAGAACCAGUGACUGUAAUUUGG